AAAAAACAUGUCUUAUGUUCACAUCUACGUGUGCGCUGCCUAGUUGGACCUUGCCUGCAACAUCUAAAUCCUCAAGCUCCGAUUGAACUUAACACUACCCAAUACCAUCGUCAUGGCACUUACGGAGUUUAUCCGGGCCGGAGAGGGGGUCUUCUUCGCCUUGAUCGCUGCAGUUGGAUUCUCGGUUUUCCCCAUCCUGGCAAGAAUGGCGGCUAACGCAGGUGUCCCUGACUUCCAGGUCGUCCUGGUGAACGAACUCACUAACGCGGCCGUCUUUCUUCCGUUAUCGUUUAUCUGUGGAGCACCAAUCAGGGGGCAGAAACGCAAGCAGACGUGGAGUUUCAUCGGUACUGGCGUUGUAAGAGUCUGUUCAACAACGAUGACUGUGUUGUCGUACUUGUACAUCCCCCCGGCUGCCACCAUCGCCAUCGGCAAUGGCAGCAGUCCCCUCUUUGCCGUUGUUCUGUCCUGGUUGGUGCGAAAGGAGCGCGCUGGCUGGGUCAAUAUCGUCGGCAUGGCGGUCCAAGUCACGGCAGUCGGGCUUGUAGCUGCCGGGACCCACCUGCGAACAACUGAGUUGACCGAUCUGGUCAACUCUUCAGAGCAGUUACGGAACGUAACAGCAAACUUCACAGCAACCGCGGCGACCAACGCCGUCCAAACCAGCGCCACUCGUGACUACAUCAUCGGGAUUGUCCUCGCUCUCGUCGGGACGCUGGGACUGGCCACGACAAACGUUCUCAGCAGAACCUUUCUUCAGAAAGCUCCCCAACUUAAUGUUCUGGCUUACGUUGAGAGUCUAGGUUUUCUCCUGGUGUUCCCAGCAAUGUACAUAUUCAACACGCCAAAGUGGAGCGUGGACGCUUAUGUGGUUUGCCUGUUAUCAGGUCAGGGUAUUAUGUACACCCUGUCCAUAGCUUGUCUGUAUCGCAGUUUGAAGCUACAGAAGGCUAGCACGGUGGAGAUUUUGCGUGGACUGUCGGUGGCUUUAGCUUAUGCUUUUCAGUACUUCGCACUUGGCGUUUUAGCAUUAUUAAUGGAAUAUAUCGGAGCUGCGAUCAUAAUUGUUUCCAUUGCCCUUGUGGCUGGACACAACUGGUACAAGAACUACAAAAGAGAUACAUACGAGGUUGAGACACAAGCGAAGUGUAUCUAUACUGUAAGCGACACAGUGGCGGCAAGUCAGGGUGUCUCAAAUGCAGUUUCACUGAGUGGUUAUGUUCACUAUUAGACCGGAGACGCCUUUAGAAUUUCAGAUCAAUUAGAAAAGGCAAAUCUUAUGACGUUGGACAACUAUAUAGUACAUUCGCGAUGUAACCUGAUUAUUUUAUGCAGAUCCCUGAAGUAUACCAGAAUGGCUUAUGCGAUUAUACCAUUACAUUUAUAAUGGGGUAAAUGGGAAAUGGUUUGGGUUUUCAGAAUUUUAUGCAGAACCUCGAAGUAUGCGAUAGGCCGUAAUGCAAUUAGUUGGUUUCUACUGUAUUAGCUUUGGUACUAAAAAUAUGACUCAAUUGGCUCUUAUGCAGAAGCAGGUAAUCUAAAGGGUGUGUCCUUACAAGCCUCCUUUCAAGACUUUUAUUUUUUUUGCGGGAGUGCAUGAUUUUCAACAUGGGGUAAGGUUCUUUAUGCUGGGUGAGGGAGUUUCGGUGGGUAUUUCUUUUGAUCAUUUGUAAAAUACUUCUAUUCCAUUAGUAUACUUCACGUUAUGAUUUCAACUUAUGUCUUUUUUUUUUGCUCAAUUUUAUUAUGUAUAAUUAAUGCGAUUUAGUCCUGGGGGAGGCCCAAGAAAAUCCACAUAGGCUUUUGCCCAACCCCGCAUGUACUUCAAUUCUGUACAUCAAUUUGUUUUUAAUCUAUGUGACAUAUGGAAAUAAAUAAAGAACACUAAAGAACAAAAGAACGUCUGCGAAGAAAGUUAUAUGUGUGUCCUUAUGUUAUAUCAACAAAGACAAAAACAGAAUGGUUUCUGCACUUAAUAAAUGUUUCUUCAAAAGAACACUUCACAGUCUGACAAUUUCUUCCAUAUAACAUUUGCUACACUUCUGAAUAGCAGUUACACGUCUGCCAAAUGUGACUGCAAAGUCAUUUUUAUAGUUAUGUUAAUAGUACAUUUCUAUACUCUGGACAUUACAAGCAAUACAUGGUCUAUGCUCAAGACAAAAAAAAACAAA